AAGGAGCGCCGGCUCCAGGCUCUUAUACGGUGGGGAAUGGGGGUGCCGCCACCGCCUAGUCAGCUCUGCGUUCGCUGAAUCCCGGCCGCCUCCGCACUGUCGUCGCGGCGCCCCCGCCGGGUCCUCUGCCCGCCCGCCCGCACCGCCCCUGUGGAGCCGGUCGGCCUGGAGCCAGGGCCGAGUCCUCGCCAUGCCUGGCCGGCUGCUUCUGCUGCUGGCGUUGCUGCUGCCCGGUCCCGGGGGUUUUGGAAGUCCCAGCACUGUGACACUUCCUGAGACCUUACUGUUUGUGUCAACCUUGGACGGAAGUUUGCAUGCCGUCAGCAAGAGGACAGGCUCCAUCAAAUGGACUUUAAAAGAAGAUCCAGUCCUGCAGGUUCCAACACAUGUCGAAGAGCCUGCCUUCCUCCCAGAUCCCAAUGAUGGCAGCCUGUAUACACUUGGGGGCAAGAAUAAUGAAGGCCUGACGAAACUUCCCUUUACGAUCCCAGAGUUGGUGCAGGCAUCCCCGUGCCGAAGUUCGGAUGGAAUUCUCUACAUGGGUAAGAAGCAGGACAUCUGGUAUGUAAUUGACCUCCUGACCGGAGAGAAGCAGCAGACUUUGUCAUCGGCCUUUGCAGACAGUCUCUGCCCAUCAACCUCUCUUCUGUAUCUUGGGCGGACAGAGUACACCAUCACCAUGUACGACACCAAAGCCCGCGAGCUCCGCUGGAACGCCACCUACUUCGACUACGCAGCCGCGCUGCCCGAGGACGACGGGGACUACAAGAUGUCCCACUUUGUGUCCAAUGGCGACGGGCUGGUGGUGACCGUGGACAGCGAAUCCGGGGACGUCCUGUGGAUCCAAAACUAUGCCUCCCCCGUGGUGGCCUUUUACGUCUGGCAGCGGGAGGGCCUGCGGAAGGUGAUGCACAUCAACGUGGCCGUGGAGACCCUGCGCUACCUGACCUUCAUGUCCGGGGAGGUGGGGCGCAUCACCAAGUGGAAGUACCCGUUCCCCAAGGAGACGGAGGCCAAGAGCAAGCUGACGCCCACCCUGUAUGUGGGGAAAUAUUCCACCAGCCUCUAUGCGUCGCCCUCAAUGGUACACGAGGGGGUCGCCGUUGUGCCCCGAGGCAGCACUCUACCUCUGCUGGAAGGUCCCCAGACCGACGGUGUCACCAUUGGGGACAAAGGGGAGUGUGUGAUCACGCCCAGCACAGACCUGAAGUUCAACCCAGGACUUAAAGGGAAGAACAAGCUUAACUAUCUGAGGAACUACUGGCUUCUGAUUGGUCACCACGAAACCCCGCUAUCCGCGUCUACCAAGGUGCUGGAGAGAUUCCCCAACAAUCUGCCCAAACACCGGGAAAACGUGAUUCCUGCCGACGUGGACAAGAAGAGCUUUGAGGAGGUUAUCGACCUGGUUGACCAGAGCUCAGAAAACGCCCCCACCGUGGUGUCUCAGGAUGUGGAAGAGAAGUUCUCUCACGCCCCGGCCAAGCCCGAGGCCCCCGUGGACUCCAUGCUCAAGGACAUGGCCACCAUCAUCCUGAGCACCUUCCUGCUCAUUGGCUGGGUGGCCUUCAUCAUCACCUACCCCCUGAGCAUGCACCAGCAGCAGCAGCACCAGCAGUUCCAGAAGGAACUAGAGAAAAUCCAGCUCCUGCAACAGCAGCAGCUGCCCUUCCAUCCACCCGGAGACGCGGCUCAGGAUGCCGAGCUCCUGGACUCGUUGGGCCAGUACUCAGAGAGCUCGGGCACCAGCAGCCCCAGCACGUCCCCCAGAGCCUCCAACCACUCGCUGCACUCCAGCGGCUCUGCCUCCAAGGCGGGCAUCAGCCCCUUCCUGGAGCAGGACGACGAGGAUGAGGAAAGCAGCAUGGUGAUGGUUGGGAAAAUCUCUUUCUGUCCCAAGGACGUCCUGGGCCACGGAGCCGAGGGCACAAUCGUGUACCGGGGCAUGUUUGACAACCGCCGCGUGGCCGUCAAGAGGAUCCUCCCCGAGUGUUUCAGUUUCGCCGACCGCGAGGUCCAGCUGCUGCGAGAGUCGGACGAGCACCCGAACGUGAUCCGAUACUUCUGCACGGAGCGGGACCGGCAGUUCCAGUACAUCGCCAUCGAGCUGUGCGCGGCCACUCUGCAGGAGUACGUGGAGCAGAAGGACUUCGCCCACCUCGGCUUGGAGCCCAUCGCCUUGCUGCAGCAGACCACCUCGGGCCUGGCCCACCUGCACUCCCUCAACAUCGUUCACAGAGACCUGAAGCCCCACAACAUCCUCCUGUCCAUGCCCAACGCCCACGGCAGGAUCAAGGCCAUGAUCUCCGACUUCGGCCUCUGCAAGAAGCUGGCGGUGGGCAGGCACAGCUUCAGCCGCCGCUCAGGGGUGCCCGGCACAGAAGGCUGGAUCGCCCCAGAGAUGCUGAGCGAAGACUGCAAGGAGAACCCCACCUACACGGUGGACAUCUUCUCCGCCGGCUGCGUCUUUUACUACGUGGUGUCUGAGGGCAGCCACCCUUUUGGCAAGUCCCUGCAGCGGCAGGCCAACAUCCUCCUGGGCGCCUACAGCCUCGACUGCCUGCACCCCGAGAAGCACGAAGACGUCAUUGCCCGGGAACUAAUAGAGAAGAUGAUCUCCAUGGACCCCCAGAAGCGCCCGUCCGCAAAGCACGUGCUGAAACACCCAUUCUUCUGGAGCCUAGAGAAGCAGCUCCAGUUCUUCCAGGACGUGAGUGACCGGAUAGAGAAGGAGUCCCUGGACGGCCCCAUAGUGCAGCAGCUGGAGCGGGGCGGGCGGGCCGUGGUGAGGAUGGACUGGCGGGAGAACAUCACCGUCCCCCUCCAGACAGACCUGCGCAAAUUCCGAACCUAUAAAGGCGGCUCUGUCCGAGACCUCCUCCGGGCCAUGAGAAAUAAGAAGCACCACUACCGGGAGCUCCCUGUGGACGUGCAGGAGACGCUGGGCGCCCUCCCUGACGGCUUCGUGCGCUACUUCACCUCGCGCUUCCCCCACCUCCUGGCACACACCUACCGCGCCAUGGAGCUGUGCCGCCACGAGAGGCCCUUCCAGCCCUACUACCACGAGCCCCCAGAGCCGCGGCCCCUGGUGACUCCAGACGCCCUCUGAGCCUGGCGGCCUCCGUUCCACAGGCCCUGCCGUGACUGGGGGCCUGCUGUCUACAGGCCACGGCCUGGUGCCUCCCGGCUGACCAGGGAGACCAGGCUCUGGAGCCAAGUGCCUUGAGCUGCCGGCUCUGCAGCCAGCAUGGGAGGAGGCCCACCCGGGGAGUGGGAGAGGCACCCCCUCCUGACCCUGGAGGGGGCCAGGAAGACGCUGGCUGUGAAAGCCUGACAAUCGAGACGGACGUCUGCAGAGGAGGGCCGGCCAGUUCCAGGGGCAGAGAGGAGCGCCCUCCGCCUUCUCUCGGAUCAACUCGCUUCAGACUUGCGUUUCUUCUAAAACUUCCUGUUUGAUGUCGGCCUGUGGGCCGUUAAGGAGGAAAUCCUCAGUGCUGCCUGCCUGCUGGCACCAGGAGCCUCUUUCUCUUGGACCAGCUAGAUAAGAUGCACUAAGCAGCCUCCCCGCCAGAAGCAGGGCUGCAGCGGGGAGGCUACCUGGGGGGAGAAGGAUGUGCAAACCCCGUCGUCCCAGGAACCAGGGACAUCUCGCUGAUCGCAAGCCCCGCAGUUCCCCAGGUCACUGUAACCAGUGAGUGUUUCCUCAGGGGCGGCAAGAGCCUUGAGCACCAGGGCGCAGUGUUGGGACAGGCCAGCCCUGCCCUCUAGAAGGGGAAGCCAUGCCUGCAGAUCUCAAAAGCAAGGAAGAUGCCCUGUGCUGAGGCAGCCGUGGCCCAGCGCACUGGUGGCCUUUGGUGGGUUUGUGCCCUGGCCACGUGGAGCAUUUGGGGAGCAAGAGGUGAUGAGUCCUCUGGCCGUCAAGAAGGGCAGCUCGGACUCAGGCAGGGACAGGCCUUCAGGACCAGAGGGAGCAGGUCAGAUGGGACACGGCCACCCAGGAGAGCCCUGGCCAGCGGGUGGGCGGUGAGGCCAGCAGGCCAGGCCAGGGGGGUGAGGGCCAAGGCCAGCAUCACCCCACAUUUUGUGGGCAGACUUUUAAGUUUCUCUUGGCAGAUUUUAAUAACUUUCUAUUUUGAUCAUACUGUAGAAUGCUACAUUAGCAUGGGCUAGACUUAACUUGAAGCUUACUGGUGAGGAAUAACGCCAGGUAUGUAACACAUCUUCUGUCCCAUCCCCUCCAGAAAGAGUGUUCGCAUGUAGAACAUUCUCCAGUGCUGAAGAGUAAAACAUUAGCACACUAUGCACACGAAUGAAACGUCGAAGUGAUAUUCUAUAAAUCAUGUCCAUGCCAUGGUUUCUCACCCCCCCUCCCCCCACCCUAAAGUUACCAUAAUUUUUAAUUUUAGUUUCAGUCCAGAAUUCCUCUGUCUUCUCUACCGAGAGCCUUGGAGGUGAAAUGCAGUCGGGGUACCAUGUAGGAAGGGUUUUUUGGGUACUUCCUCCAGCCGGGUGAAUGGGUCAUUGCACUUGGUUCCUGGUGAACUCAGAGACUCCACUCAGGAGCAAGAAAGUUACUGGUCAAGUUUUACUGACUGACCGAGAAAUCACUGUUCCUUCUUCUCGUGAGAUGUUUCCUGGGGCGGAUUUGGAUUUGAAUGAGGGCCGCUCCUCAAAAGCGCUCACGCUGCCUUCAGAGAAUUCAGUUCCCUUCCUUUCCUGAAACCCAGAGUCACCCUUUUUCCUCCUUUAAGAGGAUCUUUUGUCUUUGAACCUCAUCGGUUACCUCACUUAGGCUUUGCAGCCCUGGCAUCUUGGUCGUCACCGUGGCAUCUGGGACCACGCUGUCCGUUUUUGAGGAGCCCGGCCGGGCUCUGGGGCUCCCGCCUCAGCCCCGCCUCGAGCUUUGCUGCAGGGCCUGGUGGGGAACGGUCUGCGCUGGAGAAGGUGCCAGAGGCGAUUCAAGGACGGUGGCAUCCUGUGCUGCGGGGGCAGCCGCCGCCUCUUCUCUGUGGCUGCUGGACGCUGUCUCCGCGGAGUAGCCAGGUCAUGGCGCGCAGCCCAGGACUUGGGUCAGCUCCCUGUUUGGGCCCCGCUUGCCUCCAGGGCAGCUUUUUAAAAAUGCCUUUUCUGCUCGUCAUGUUAGUUUUUAACCAUCCAACUUUCUCAAACUCCUUGAUCCCGUGGUACUUUCUUUGAGCACCUACUGCAUGGGCUGGGCAGGCUGCUGGGCGCUCGCGACACAGGGGAACAAAAGAGGCAAAGCCUCCUCGGCUUUAAUACCAGCCCCUGCCAGGGAGACAGCGUCGACCGAAAACCGGCGCUGCAAAGAAAGCGAAGCAAACGCAGGGCUGGGAAGGGCAUGCACUUGGGGUUUGCCCCCAUGGGAUCCCGUCAGGUCGCCCUCUGUCUUCCCCCCGUCACCUUUAGGAACCCUGUCACCCGUCAGUCCUUCAGGUGCCUUGAAGAGGUCUCGUGUGGGUUGUCAUGACAACACCUGGGCAUCACCUGGUUUACCCUGGCCUGGUCUCCAGUUCUGGCUUCCGGUUGUGUGGGAAGGGGUCUUUCUUGUGCGAGAAGAGGGUUCUGCAGCCCGCGGCGUCAUGUCACAGCUGAGCUCUUUGAUCUGUAGCACAAAGGCCGUUGGGUUUCCCACAAGUGUACCGUCUUCAUUUUUAAGAAAGAAUUUAGUUGCUUCUCUUAGGAGUCCCAAGGGCACGAUAAUUUAUUUAUUUUAUUUUAUUUUUUUGGUCUUGCCCGCUGCAUGUGGAAGUUCUCAGGCCAGGGAUCGAACCCUUGCCACAGCAGUGACCCGAGCCACUGCAGUGACCACUAUCCAGGAGUAGUUGUUUCAGCAGCCGCAGCCUGGCACAUUGGCCUUGCCUGGAGGAGAGUCACCAGGUGUCCUGUAUGGAGGAGCCAGAGUUCCCCCUUCCAGGGCUGGACGCUGUCCUUCAAACCCCGUGUCUGCUCUCCCUGCACUUGGUUUUCUUUAUGAAACGGUGAUUUCCCGUGAGCAACUCUGGCUCUGACUGUGUCUCAGCACUUAAAUCCUCUCUGUAUUCACUGGAAAACCUCAGAGACAGCAUCUGCCAUGAGCCUCCCCCUGGAGCAGCCUUAACCAACACUUCCAGCCAAAGUCCCCACCCUGUCACCUCACCCUGUGCUCUUUGAGUGUCUGGCGGGUACAGUAUUCCUUUUCAGUAUCCCCGAAGCUGUGACGGGGGAGUCCCCACUUACCUAGAAAGCAUUACCAGGCGAUUCUCUGGCAUUCUCAGACGCAAACCUUACGUAGUGUUCUUUUUGCAAUGACCUAUUUAUUUAACCUAUUUAUAUUUAUUUAAUUUUUACUCUGAAGUGUAUCCAGUGACAAUUGCACUUGCUUAAAGCACAUCAGAUUCGCUUUGGAUAACACCCCUGGACCACGGUAAAACUGGAAGAGGAAAAGUUACACUGUAUCCUUCCACGGGAUGGAUGCCUUACAGUAGUUUUGUCGUUAAAGGGUGAAUAAUUUGGUCAGGGUGAAAAUGUUAAUUUUGAAGUGAUUUUUUUUUUUUUAAAUUUCUGUGUCAUUGUGUCUUCUCUGUGGAUGGUUAAUUGUUGAAUGGGUAUGUGUUCAUUGUGUGAGACAGUCCUCUUUGUGGAACCUAAAAAUCCUCUUUUUAGCUUUAUAUUUUAUAAACUGCCAGAUUGUACAAUUUUUAUGUGUAUUUUUAAAGCUUAAUGAUGUGAGAUUAAUUACGUAAGUUAAACGGCCUAUUUUUGUACCUCCUGUACAGUUUUAUAAUUCUGCUGAUUGAUGAUGGCGUCUCAUGUUGAGCCAACCACAAAUAAAGGUAGUUUUAGAUUUGGAA